AUGCAUCUCCCUCUAUCCUCCCUGCGUCUCCUGGUGCCACCACUACGUCUGAUGUCUGCAUCCAUGUGGCAAGUGGCUCAGCAGCGUAACGUGAUGCAGUAUGGGAAGCUGGAGGAGUUUGUGACUCUGGUGACAGAGAUGGUUCCGGAGCUCCUGACGUUCAGGCAAAGGGUCCAACUCAUCCUGGGACUGAGAGCGAGGGUGAGACAGGUGGAAGUGUUGAGGGUUAGGAAUGGUGUACACUGUAGGGGGUCAGGAGAAAAAUUUAUAAAAUGUCUACCACUAAAGUAUAAUGUGGGGUGAGAUUCAGACCUUCGUUCAUCCCAAGCCCCUGGAUCUCACAGACAAGGGAUGCUGACAGAAGAUCGCUCUCAUCACAAUUUCCUCGACAACUUCUGUUCACUCAUUAUCAGUUACAUAUUUGACUCCUCAAUUUGUUUCCUCAGUGUAUAAAUUGUUCAGGCAGCCGUUAUUAAUGCAUACAUCUUCUGUUUCAGCUGGUUCUUGAAUUGUGUCGAGGUGUGGAGUCUAGCCCAGCUGACUACAAAACCAUCCAGCCCCACCUGGACAGAAUCCAGUCAUGCACAACACGUGAAGGGGUAAGUAACCUGUAAUAUUUGUAACACACAUCAGUCUGUUAAUGGCAAGUCUGCUUUACUUUCUCAUUGUAGAUGGUUACAGUUGUUUUGUGUGUGAUUACAUAUUCAGAGCAAAGACAAAGAAGUGGAGGCCUCAAAGGAUAACUUUGUGGAGCUGGUCCAAACUCUGCUAGAAGACUCAGCGAAGAGGGAACACUUUUUUCAGGUGAGAUAUCUAACAUCUAGAUGUCAUAAAUCCCUCUUUCAAAGGACUAGUAUGACCUCAUGGCGAAUAUUGAAUACGAUAAAAUGUCUACAUAUGCCUUGACUAAAACCACGACUCUCCCUUUCUAUCUCUGUGCUGAAGGAGGUGUUCCCUGUGCAGUACAGCACUAGGUACGACACAGCGCUGCAGAUACUGGUGUGGCAGUUCUUCGACAGACUGGAGGAGAUGCUGCCAGUGCCCAGCUUUACACAGGUACCAUCUCCAUCCUAUUAGAUCAUCUAAAACAUGUUGACAUUCAUUUGUACACAUGCUUGAAAUGUAGGAUAAAAAAUAUGAAUAAAUAAAUGACCCCCUUCCGUGAAUGAAUAAACAUCAGUAAGUGUCAAAGGGGUAGGGUCUAGGGGUCAUGUGGGAUUGGACUGUGCUUUUCUCUGUUCUGCAGACAUGCUUAUUCUCUCCCUCAGACAGCAUCCAUUCUCAAACUGACCCCUGCUGACCUGGAGGAGUGUCAGCAGUCUGUCUCUGACCCUGAGCAUCUGAAGACACUGCUGCAGCAUCAUAGAAAUCUGGGGCACCUAAAAAAAGGUAAGGAUCCCUCAGGUGAUCUAUUUGAACUUGUGUUAACCUCUGGGUUAAAUGCCUGUGGGGGAUUGUCCUGAAAGAGAAUUUGGAGUUAUUUGGAUUCUCUCUCUGGCUAUGUUUCCAUCCAAUUGGCAACAGAUUUUCAUGCGAAUAUUCAAAAAUCUGCAUAAAGAAAAAGUGCGCAUUUUCCCACCAGUGGUGUGUUUCCACCAAAUGGAGUUAAUGCGGAUACAAAUCAGUGCGUGAUGAUGUAGUGCACACACACUGUACUUGUUUGCUUAAGUUUUAAUGUACUGAAUAAAAAUCUAAAGUUCAAUGUGUUUCCAUCGCAUUUUCAACUUCACUGAUAGUUGUCACAAAAGUGCUAGCUAACAGCUCACAGAUACAGUGCAGGUAGGCUAGUUUACAUGAGAAUAUUAUGCAUAAGAGAGAGGAGUAUUUGUCUAACGGCAGUCGAGCAUCGACCAUCAUGUCACCACAAUAAGACCCUCAAUAUUUAUUGGAAAGGAGCAUCAAGCUCAUCACCGUGCACUUUCACCACCCUGUGAAGUUCAUCAUUUAUUUCAUCUGUAUCUUAAUAAGCUGCAUGGUUUCCCGAGUUGUAGUGGGAAGACAACACACCAUAUCAUCACGUGGCCAAGUUUACUUCGAUAUGGUGGUUACUAUAUCAAUAUUUGCGCAUGAAGGCGUUUCCACCUCCAUUUCUCCUAUAAUACAUUUUCGUGCACCAAAGAAUCCCACCAUGUCAAACUAACAAAUUAUCUGUUUGCAUUUAUAAAAAUAAAAAAAAGAGCUGUCCUGAUUUUAUUUUAUAUAUACAGUGGGGGAAAAAAGUAUUUAGUCAGCCACCAAUUGUGCAAGUUCUCCCACUUAAAAAGAUGAGAGGCCUGUAAUUUUCAUCAUAGGUACACGUCAACUAUGACAGACAAAUUGAGAAAACAUUUUCCAGAAAAUCACAUUGUAGGAUUUUUAAUGAAUUUAUUUGCAAAUUAUGGUGGAAAAUAAGUAUUUGGUCACCUACAAACAAGCAAGAUUUCUGGCUCUCACAGACCUGUAACUUCUUCUUUAAGAGGCUCCUCUGUCCUCCACUCGUUACCUGUAUUAAUGGCACCUGUUUGAACUUGUUAUCAGUAUAAAAGACACCUGUCCACAACCUCAAACAGUCACACUCCAAACUCCACUAUGGCCAAGACCAAAGAGCUGUCAAAGGACACCAGAAACAAAAUUGUAGACCUGCACCAGGCUGGGAAGACUGAAUCUGCAAUAGGUAAGCAGCUUGGUUUGAAGAAAUCAACUGUGGGAGCAAUUAUUAGGAAAUGGAAGACAUACAAGACCACUGAUAAUCUCCCUCGAUCUGGGGCUCCACGCAAGAUUUCACCCCGUGGGGUCAAAAUGAUCACAAGAACGGUGAGCAAAAAUCCCAGAACCACACGGGGGGACCUAGUGAAUGACCUGCAGAGAGCUGGGACCAAAGUAACAAAGCCUACCAUCAGUAACACACUACGCCGCCAGGGACUCAAAUCCUGCAGUGCCAGACGUGUCCCCCUGUUUAAGCCAGUACAUGUCCAGGCCCGUCUGAAGUUUGCUAGAGUGCAUUUGGAUGAUCCAGAAGAGGAUUGGGAGAAUGUCAUAUGGUCAGAUGAAACCAAAAUAUAACUUUUUGGUAACAACUCAACUCGUCGUGUUUGGAGGACAAAGAAUGCUGAGUUGCAUCCAAAGAACACCAUACCUACUGUGAAGCAUGGGGGUGGAAACAUCAUGCUUUGGGGCUGUUUUUCUGCAAAGGGACCAGGACGACUGAUCUGUGUAAAGGAAAGAAUGAAUGGGGCCAUGUAUCGUGAGAUUUUGAGUGAAAACCUCCUUCCAUCAGCAAGGGCAUUGAAGAUGAAACGUGGCUGGGUCUUUCAGCAUGACAAUGAUCCCAAACACACCGCCCGGGCAACAAAGGAGUGGCUUCGUAAGAAGCAUUUCAAGGUCCUGGAGUGGCCUAGCCAGUCUCCAGAUCUCAACCCCAUAGAAAAUCUUUGGAGGGAGUUGAAAGUCCGUGUUGCCCAGCGACAGCCCCAAAACAUCACUGCUCUAGAGGAGAUCUGCAUAAAGGAAUGGGCCAAAAUACCAGCAACAGUGUGUGAAAACCUUGUGAAGACUUACAGAAAACGUUUGACCUGAGUCAUUGCCAACAAAGGGUAUAUAACAAAGUAUUGAGAAACUUUUGUUAUUGACCAAAUACUUAUUUUCCACCAUAAUUUGCAAAUAAAUUCAUUAAAAAUCCUACAAUGUGAUUUUUCUGGGUUUUUUUUCCUCAUUUUGUCUGUCAUAGUUGACGUGUACCUAUGAUGAAAAUUACAGGCCUCUCUCAUCUUUUUAAGUGGGAGAACUUGCACAAUUGGUGGCUGACUAAAUACUUUUUUUCCCCCACUGUAUAUACGGUAUGACUUUACUUGCAUAAAAACUGUGGAUGUAAACGUGGUUUCUCUUCCAGAUUUUUUGUUCUAUGACUCUGAUACCAUCCUGUCCACGUUGUCCCUCCUCGCUCCCUCACUGAAGUCUGAACAGACCAAAAGAGGCAGAGAAAAAGGCACGGUGAAGAACGAGAGCGAUGUGAGGAGAAACGGAGAGAAGGAAAAGCCUGAAGGACUGAAAGAACAGGAGAGUGGCGAGGAGAGACAGCAAGAAGUCAGUGGGGAGGACGAAGACGCCAAUGAGGAAAGUGAUGAGGGCACUGAAAGACUGGAAGAGGCUGGGGAAUCCUCUGGGAACUCAGGGCAGCAGAAACAGCCAUCAUUAGUGGCCAUCAAUGGUAAGGAAAUUCAGGGCGGAAUACAUUGCAUACAUCCAUACACUGGCGAACUGAGUUGGUGAAGUUUGAUUACUUUUUCCAGUAGCAGAGUGGGGUCGGUAGUCAAACUUUUUUAUUUUAAAGUAACAACAUUUCUUACUCCACUAGUUUAUAACGAUUUAGUACACAUAUUCUAUAAUUGCUGAACAAAUUUCUGCAUGGAUAAUAAAAAAACAUCAGCUACUGACAACAAUCUGCAAUGGAACUUUGAACUCAGCAGCCCUUAUUUCACACUCCUGUGUUUUCUACCUGCAGGACAAGCUAAAGCCAAGCCCCCACAGUCCCAGGGCUUCUCCUGCUCACAGUGCCAGUUCUCCAACAGGAGAUGGCUCACCCUCCAGGAGCACAUCAAGAAGAAACAUCCAAAGGAGAUCCUGGGCUCUGGAGAAGCUGGAUCUGAGAACAACGCCCUGCCUGUCAGUGAGAGAGAAAUCUCCUCAGCCAAGAAGACCAGGAAGAACCGGUACAUCUGCUCCCAGUGUGGGAAGGGUCACAAAUGUUCAUAUGAACUGAGACGACACGAAACGGUUCACUCUGAGGCGAAGCCCUUCCAUUGUGAUCAGUGUGAGAAGAGAUACAAAACGAAGGUGGCUCUAAAACAGCACCAUCGAGUUCACACUGGAGAAAGGCCAUAUGUUUGCUCACAUUGUGGCAGAGGCUUUAGGUCUGCAGGAACUUUACAAUCCCAUGUACGCACUCACACUGGGGAGCGACCUUUUGUCUGUUCUAUUUGUGGGAAGGGAUUUAUUCAACAUCAAAUACUGAUCGGUCACCUCCGCUGGCACAGAGGGGAAAAACCGUUCUUAUGUACCGUUUGUGGAAAGAAUUUUAGUACCUCAGGUGCCUUGUUGGUACACUCACGAACACACACGGAUGAACGCCCCAAAAGCUGUGAGCAUUGCGGGAAGAGGUUUAGAAGAUGUUACGAUCUCACAAUACAUCGGCGGAUCCACACUGGUGAGCGGCCGUUCUCCUGCACACAGUGCGACAAAUGCUUUACCUCCCACAGCGACCUUAGCAGACACAUGCGAAUCCAUACAGGAGAGAAACCUUACCAGUGUAAAAUGUGCGAUAAGAGAUUCACUGAAAGCGGCAACCUGAAAGUACACCAGCGGGUUCAUCGGGGAACAGCCACAAAUGUACGGGUUUCAGUGUGUAAUAUCAGUACGGCCCACCACAAAUCACCAAGUGCGGCAAGAAAGAAGGAAAGAAAGAAAGACAAUGUUCCACCUCUCCUCGUUGGACAUGAGUUGCAGUAACCACAGUGUAUUCAUGUUCUAAGAACACGCAUUAUAUUGGAACAACGUUAUGAUUCCCGGGCCAUUAUAAUGAUAUUUUUUAUUUUAUAAUAAGUUUACUUACGUCGUAAUAACUUCUUUCUCAUAGUAGCAAGAUAAUUGGCUAUUUUGUGAUAGCGAGGCAUUUAAUGAAAGCGUAAUAUGAUUUCUUAUAAUAAUGAGGUAAUUGGUUACUUUGUUUCUCUAGGUGGUAGCUUUUCAACACCGUAUAUUAGGUAAUCACACAAACAUAUUCACUGUAUCCUGCCCACUCAGUCACUGAAAUGAAAGCUAGUCAGUCAGGGUCAAACAUUUCAUUGAUACAGGAGUACUGUUUUUGUGGAAUUAGACUGCAAGGUAAUAUUACAUUUGCAGUGUGGCCCUCUGGACCUCAGCGAAGAGAGAAUGUGGCCCCUGAAGAAAAUGAGUUUGAUACACCUGGUCUUGAGGGACAUUGAGCUCUGUACAGCACUAUUUUGGUGAAGAUGGUGACGCUCGGUAGAUCUAUAGUUUGUGACUAUGGUGACUUGGUUAAACCAGUGGUUCCCAACCGGCACACUGAUUUGUCUUUAGGAGUUCUCAGGUGUGCCGCGAUACUUUUCCUAAUCUUGAUAUUAUAAUUUUUUUAACACUCACCUAUAAACGUGACCUGUAGAAUGCA